CGGGCUCUUGUGAUAGACGUAAUUACUUGUUAAAAGCUAACAGAAAUAUAAACAAAAUAUCCAAAUGUCUGCACCUCAGCGGGGGUUUUGGCACUAAGAAUGAUUUAAUAAUUUGUGCGAUAGGUUAAAAGUGCCUGUUAUCGACACGUGACUAUAUCAGAUGCCUCAAAAUAGUAAAUACAUACCUAAAUAUAGUCGUAUCUUCUAUCAAAAACAGAACAAUAUUUAAGACCCCUCUUUUCUCUUUCUAUGUCAAGUAGCCUACCGCAUUAUGACUGUUAACGGGUGGAUUAUGACAUCAGGCUAUGACUGUGCGUGCACACCCCAGACCACAGAUGAGACAGAGUAUUCCAAGAGAGUAUACCAAGGUGUCAGAGUCAAGCACACGGUCAAAGAUCUUCUUGCAGAGAAGCGAUUACGACAAACAAAUGCGCCCCGAUACAGUACGAGCAGCAGUUCCUCUCAGCCAGCUUUUGUGCCAAUGCCCGGGUCACACGUGCUUCCUGGUUACUACAGCAUGCGAAGAUCCUUCCUCCCAGACUCAGACCUCUGCCAUCCCAUAAAGCAGUACUCAUCACCAGACACUUACUCUUCAGCACUGGGAAGCAAGGCCUUUUCGUACGACCACCCCUCCACUUACCCUUCCUUCAUUGACAGCUACUACACUCCUGAUUCAUAUGGAGAUUACAGAGGGCCAGCGUCUUAUACCACCAGCGGAGGGUCACUGUUUCCACCAUCUACACUACCAACACUACUACCAACUCUGUCUGGUGGAGAGUCUUCGUCACACUUGCUCUUGAGAGACCCUUGGGAUCAGCCAUCAGAGGACCCAGUCAGUCAGUCAGAAGUCAUAUGUCCUGAGGGUCCAGUCCCCGUGGCAGAAUCACCAUCUCUGGGAGGGCCUGACUCUGGCGGUUCCUCCCCAUACCGUCUAUCCUCGGGGCGCAGCGGGAGCUCCAUCCCAUCCAGCUCUCAGCCUUAUACUCUACAACCCCUGGAAGAUGUCCCGUACCCAGCAGCAUCCUACACCUCUGCCUCCAGCUACUCCUGCCCACCGUACAUGGUGACACCUGGAGAUCUGGCCGUGGUGAAGAUGACAGCCGUAACCUCAGAGGAGACUAGUGGUGGAGUGGUGUCUCUCAGUGACACUACAUCAUGGGCUAAAGAUGAUGGAACUGGCUCCUGGUUGUCAUAUGAGACUAGGAGGGCUUUUUGAAAGGCUUAAAUGACAAUACAGAAACUGUGGACUAAUCAUUUGCACUUACACAGCCUCUCUAAUCUUAUACAGAAGGAGAUUAUAUAACUUACAUCCAUCAUAAAGAUGACCUCCUCAAGAAAUGAUGAUCACAAUUUUUAAACUGGUCAUAUUGCGUAAGCAUACAACAAAAACAUGGGCUGAUAGUUUAGUUAAUUCAGGAUUUAAUUAUGCAUUUUACAUGUCCAAGCGUUUUAGAAUGAAUUAGAAGCAAUGCUCGCUUUUUUCCCUCUUUCCUACAUGUAUAAUUCGCCAAUAAUACCAAUGAACACUUAAAGACAACGAUGUUAGACUUUUGUCAGGAAUGCCAUUAUAUAAAAAUAAACAUGUUUUGGCUUAAAGAA